UUAUCAAGUCAGGCAUGCGCGUGAUGCCAAAGCAGGAAAAAAGCCCGAGAAACAGACAGGGUUUAUGGGACUGGACUGGAGUCGCUUUGGGCUCCAAAACGGUUUUUGCUUUCAACGAGCUUCACCCCAACCUGGGAGCAUUGUUUCUCUUUCAGCGGAGUUGGAGUUGGAGGCUAUAGCCACAGCUGAAAACACGACGCCCUCAUGAAGGAGCCUUUCACUACCAGACGUGAGAGAAGAGAAAGUUUUCGAAAAACUACACAAGUCUAUAAUCCAGAUCAGUCCAGGAAUCUGGGAUUUUCAGGGAUUUAAAACCGUUGAGUAAACACGGGAUUCUGAAAACACUUUAAUCAGCUUCAUUUCUGGAAGUUUGUUUGUUUGUUUGUUUGUUUCUCAUCCACGAAUGAGAAAACGCCUUUUCUCAAGCCAUCCAGAACUUGAAAAGCAAGAAUGGGACGUGAACACAAAGACGAUUUCUAGGAUGAGAGCUGUUCUGUCAAGCUUCAAGAUGAGAUCCUGAUAGCUCCUCUGAGACAUCAAUACAAUGUGUAGAGCACCACGGGUACUGUGUAAUGAGAGUGUAAUUAUAAGUAUUAUUGUGUAAUUAUGCUAUUGGGCUUGCCAGAUUAGUGUGUACAUUUAGGAUACAAAAAAAAACCAAACCACGUACUUCAUCGCCUAUGCAAAGGACUGUGAAUGACUGUGACAGUUCACACUGUUGAUGUACUAUAUAAGGGACAGAUGUCCAGCUAAAACUCGUAUUAACUCAGAAAACUGGUGGUGCUGAGACAGAUUUCAGGCUCAUCACCUUUGGGUUUUACUCAGCAGUCAUCUCAGUGGUAGGAGGCAAGCCAAUGUCUGCCUGCAGUAGCACACCUCCUCCACCCUUGCCCAAAGCCUACCUCCAUUCCCAGCCUACGCCCCCGACCCCAUCCCCGAGUCCCCCUGUGGCCCUCUUUGGCCGCCUGUCCAACGGCAGUCACAGCGCUCCAAGCCCUACGCUCUCCAGAGGUUCUCUCCAUGGACUGUCCUUCCUCCUUCAGAUUGGUCUCACCAGGGAGACGGUCAGCCUGGAGCCACAUGACCUGUCACUCAAUGCUGUGAAAGACCUGGUCUGUUCCAUUGUCGACCAAAAGUUCCCAGAAUGUGGAUUCUUCGGUAUGUAUGACAAGAUCUUGCUCUUUCGCCAUGACCUGAACACUGACAACAUUCUGCAGCGACUUACGGCAGCAGAGGAUAUCCAUGAGGGAGACCUGAUUGAGGUGGUCCUUUCAGCUCAGGCUACAGUGGAAGACUUUCAGAUCCGGCCUCAUGCCCUCUAUGUGCACUCAUAUAAGGCCCCUACCUUCUGUGACUACUGUGGGGAGAUGCUGUGGGGUCUCGUUCGGCAGGGCCUCAAAUGUGAAGGUUGUGGGCUGAAUUAUCACAAGCGAUGCGCUUUUAAGAUCCCCAACAACUGUAGUGGAGUCAGGAAGAGGCGCUUGUCCAAUGUGUCUCUGCCAGGUCCAUCACUGUCCGUCCCUCGGCCUCAACCAGCAGAAAAUGCCGUGGUGACCCUGGAGGAGCAACAGCGUCCCCAUCAGGAAGCAGGGAAGCGGAUUCCAUCCUGGAGUGGUCGACCUAUCUGGAUGGAGAAGAUGGUGCUGGGAAGGGUAAAAGUGCCACACACUUUUGUCAUUCACACGUACACGCGCCCCACCAUCUGCCAGUACUGCAAACGCCUGCUCAAAGGUCUGUUCCGCCAGGGCAUGCAGUGCAAGGAUUGCAAAUUUAACUGCCACAAGCGAUGUGCAUCUAAGGUACCAAAAGACUGUCUUGGGGAAGUCGUCUUCAAUGGAGAGCCGGCCAGUCCAGCUCCGGAUUCAGACACCACUAUGGAGGUGGAUAUCAGUGAUGUCAACAGUGACAGCAGCAGAGGCCAGGAUGACUCUGAAGAACCCUCUACUCCUGAGGACAAGAUCUUUCGGGACUAUCCAUUCUCAGACCAGGAGAAAGAUGAGGAGCCUGUAAAAGCUCCUCAGAUCAGCCCAUCCACUAGCACUAAUAUCCCGUUGAUGCGUGUAGUGCAGUCCAUUAAGCACACCAAGAGAAGAAGUUCCACUGUGGUCAGGGAGGGAUGGAUGGUGCACUACACCAGCAGAGACAACCUUAGAAAGAGACACUAUUGGAGGCUGGACAGCAAAAGCCUGACUUUGUUUCAGAAUGACACAGGAGCCAAGUUCUACAAGGAGAUUCCUCUAUCUGAGAUCCUGCAGGUGGAGGCAGCCCGGGAUUUCAGUAGUCUCGCCAUGGGGGGCAAUCCACACUGCUUUGAGAUUAUCACUGCUACUAUGGUCUAUUAUGUUGGGGAGAACACUGGUGGCCCCCAUCUUCAUAUUCACAACCCCAUGCUGGCUGCCUCUGGCGUGGGGCUGGAGGUGGCGCAGGGCUGGGAGAUGGCCAUCCGCCAAGCGCUCAUGCCUGUUCCAGUUACACCUCAGCCGAGUGUAGGUGCUGCUGCUGGUCAGGGCAAGGACCACAAGGAACUGUCCAUGAGCAUUUCUGUAUCUAACAGUCAAAUCCAGGAGAAUGUGGAUAUCAGCUCUGUUUACCAGAUCUUUGCUGAUGAAGUUUUGGGAUCAGGCCAGUUUGGCAUUGUAUAUGGAGGGAAGCACAGAAAGACAGGCAGGGAUGUAGCAAUAAAGGUGAUCGACAAAAUGAGAUUCCCUACCAAACAAGAAAGCCAGCUGAGGAAUGAAGUAGCCAUUUUACAGAACCUGCAGCAUCCUGGUAUUGUCAACUUGGAGUGCAUGUUUGAGACCCCAGAGCGAGUGUUUGUUGUCAUGGAGAAACUGCAUGGGGACAUGUUGGAGAUGAUCCUGUCCAGUGAGAAGAGCAGGCUGCCUGAGCGCAUCACCAAGUUCCUUGUCACACAGAUUCUGGUGGCUUUGAGGCAUCUCCAUUUCAAAAACAUUGUUCAUUGUGAUCUGAAGCCAGAGAACGUACUCCUAGCCUCGGCAGAGCCUUUUCCUCAAGUGAAACUGUGUGACUUUGGUUUUGCUCGCAUAAUUGGUGAGAAGUCGUUCCGUCGCUCUGUGGUGGGAACUCCAGCGUAUCUGGCCCCCGAAGUUCUUCGUAGUAAAGGUUAUAACCGCUCACUGGAUAUGUGGUCAGUGGGAGUCAUCAUCUACGUCAGCCUGAGUGGUACCUUCCCCUUUAACGAGGAUGAAGAUAUUAAUGAUCAGAUCCAGAACGCAGCCUUUAUGUAUCCGCCAAUGCCUUGGAAGGAGAUAUCAACAGAAGCUACAGAUCUUAUAAACAACCUUCUUCAAGUAAAGAUGAGGAAGCGGUACAGUGUGGACAAGUCCCUCAGUCAUCCAUGGUUCCAGGACUACCAGACAUGGCUAGACCUGCGGGAAUUUGAGACCCGGCGAGGCGAGCGCUACAUUACCCACGAGAGCGAUGAUGCACGCUGGGAGGAGUUCGCUGAUGAGCACAGUCUGGUCUACCCUAAACACUUCAUCAUGGCUCCGAACCUAGACGACAUGGAUGAAGAUCCCUAGUUACAUUAUGGACUGAAUCUGUGAAAGAGGACAGUGUCAGACUCUCACUAGAAGGCGCAAGCCCCUAAGGACCUGUAGCUAAAGUGAAUACAGCACUCUGCUGAGGCAGAGGCAGGAUAUUAGGGGAUGAGUGAAGGGGAUAAGUGUUACAAAAGCACACAGCAGUGCGAGCAGUGUGAGGUCUUAGUUUUUCAAGCCUUACAGUCAAGACCAUUUGUGAUGAAGAUUCUUUUUCUUCUAAUCCUAGUAGAAACCCUAAAUGUCAGUAUUUUGUGGUUAUGCGUUCCGCCCUCUUGCCCUGCCCGUGCUACAUCUAAAGGUGCAGAUCUGUUUAUCUUAUUUACAGAUUUAGUGUUAACAAUUUUACAGUAUAAUUCCGAAUUUGAAAAAAGGCAAACAGGUUUAGGUGCGGUUACAUAUAAAGGAGAGAGAGGACUGUAGUUAUAAUGAAUUUGACUUAUUCGAGGGCUAAGUUCAAAUAGCCAGUAACAAAAAUAGUCUUGUAUUCUAUAACUGGAAGAUGUUAAGAUGUUUCACUAAAAGCCAUACAAUAAAGUUAAGAGCCAUAGGUUUCCUUACAACAUUUGUGAAAAAAGGCCAAGAAUUUUGGAGACGUACACAGAGAAGGCGAUAAAAAGAGGUUUUCAUGUAGAGAAUAGAAAAUUCUUUAAACCUCAGUUAUGGCCUCCAGAAUUUUAAUUUUUAUUGGUUAUUUGAACUAAUCUGAGCAAUUAUAUACAAAUAUUCUUCCUAAUUCAAAAUGUGCACCAAUCCUGUAUGUCCAUUUUUUUUUUCACUUUAAAAAAAACUUUUUCAGAUUAAGCGGUUUUCCUUCCUGUUUUUUUCCUUCCAUUUUUUUCCCUUCCAUUUGUUUGUUGUUCAGGCACUCAAACUGACUUGAAAUAGCACUACAGUAUGUUACUACACAUUUGUUGAGAUAAAUCACAGCUUAACACAUCAAAAUAAUAACAAUAACUGCUAGAGAUCAUGGUUUAACAGCAGUAUUUGCAGUAUUAUAUUUCUUUUUCAUGUGGCCUGUAUGCCAAAAGAAACAACAUGUAAGAUAACAUAGUGGUAUUCAAAAUAUAUUCCAAACCUGGAGUAAAAUGAUCCAUUUCAGCCAUAAAUACUGAAUUGACUUCAGUAGCGAGUUGAUUUCACUCAGAUCAGUACGAUUUAAGUACAUAUGUACAAACUCACCUUCUUUGUGCACUAUAUGAGAUGGAGCAUAUGCGGUAUGGUGAGCAGCUACAAUUUGCCUAUAAAUGUUUAAAUUCAAUUAUUUAUUGAUUAUAAUUGGGUAUACAGUACACAGUCUAUUCUCAAGGUUUGCAAUAGCACAGAAUAAGGAGCCAUUUUGAGCAGAUCUGUUUGACUGCUUUUAAAGUUUGCAUGAGAUGGAAGAUUUUCCAUCACUUUGUCUGGGAGAGGAGGGGACGUUUGCUCCUCUGGAUCCAUAUAAUCAUUACUUCAUGUUGCCACUGGAUUGGCAGGUGUGAGUGUUUUGUAUAUUUUAGUACAUAAAGAAUUAAAUGCACUAUUUUA